GCAACCCAUGCUUCUUUUCUCUUGAGAAUUUACAGAGAGAGAGAGAGAGAUGUUGGCCGUGUUUAGCAACACCGUGGUGACGCCACCGGAUGAGCUGGUGGCGGCGGGGUGCCGGACGCCUUCGCCGAAGACGAAGGCUUCGGAGUUGGUGGAAAGGUUCUCUCAGAAAUUCCCAUCGGGACUCUGUGUGUGCGUUGGGGACCUUGCUCACUUGUGCCACACUCAUGAGAACCAGGCCCUCUUGCAACCAAGAUCGUUUGCGAUGAAGGACGAAAUUAUGUGUUUGUUCGUGGGGGCGUUGGAUAACCUAGCGAGUCUAAGGCAACAGUAUGGUCUGUCAAAGAACGUGAACGAGGCUGUGCUCCUGGUGGAGGCUUACAAGGCGCUACGUGAUCGGGCCCCCUAUCCGGCCAGCCACGUCGUGGGCCACUUGUCCGGCCACUUCGCCUUCGUUGUCUUUGACAGAACCACUAACGCCGUCUUCAUUGCUGCAGAUCAAUAUGGGAAAACCUCAUUAUUUUGGGGCAUCACAUCGGACGGCUACCUGGCUUUCUCAGACGAUGCUGAGUUACUAAAGGGUUCAUGUGGCAAAUCGCUUGCAGCUUUCCCCCCAGGAUGUUUCUUCCUGACUGCUGGAGAACUUAGGAGUUAUGAGCACCCAAAGAACAAAGUCACUGCCAUUCCUGCAACUGAAGAAGAGAUGUGGGGUGCUACUUUCAAGGUGGAAAGGGCCCCGGUCUUGUACACUGGAGAAAUCAAUAUCAUGUAAUUUCACACACAACUCUCUCUAGACCCUCUGCACAUUUUUUUUUUUCUUGCUUUGCUUUGGUGGUUGUAUUGUAAAUUUACAAGGCUGUAGGGGUGAAGCCAUGUAAAGAACACCUCACCCAAGCUCGUGUCUUUAGUAAGGGCGUAGAAAUAACCAGUACUUGAGAUUUACAUUUC